UGUUGUCGCUGGCGAGCUGUUGUCGUCGGGCGCCACAAUAUGAACCCCGCUCGGUGUCAGCGCUUGGAAUGAUUUCUAUUUCCCAAUUCCCACUCACUUCUCACUUGCCGCUAAAGUGCGUUUACUGACUAAACACGUGUUCGCCAUCGUUUACCGGUGUUUUCCAUUUUCGUUCAUUUGUUAGCAACCAUUCGCGAAAUGCCACCCAUAAGAGAAAAUAUUGUACAAGACGGUCUGUCAGCCGAAGAACUAUUUCGAUCCGGAGAAGGGCUCACCUACAAUGAUUUCAUUUUAUUGCCAGGAUUUAUUGAUUUUGUAGCACAAGAUGUUGAUUUAUCUUCUCCAUUGACUAAGACUAUAACACUACAAGCACCAUUAGUUUCAUCUCCUAUGGAUACUGUUACAGAAUCUGAAAUGGCAAUAGCAAUGGCUCUCUGCGGAGGAAUUGGUAUAAUUCACCACAAUUGUCUUCCAAGUUAUCAAGCUAAUGAAGUAUCUAAAGUGAAAAAAUAUAAACACGGUUUUAUUCGUAAUCCAGUAGUCAUUUCGCCAGAUCUCCUGGUAUCUGAUGUUUUUCGACUUAAAGAAGAACAUGGAUUUUGUGGUUUUCCUGUGACUGAAAAUGGAAAAUUGGGUGGUAAAUUAGUUGGAAUAGUAACAUCUAGAGACAUAGAUUUUCUUGAAGGUUCUGAACAAUUAAAACAACAAGUUAAUAUAAUAAUGACAAGAAUAGAUAAUAUUAUUUCAGCACAAUCUGGAGUGACUCUUGAACAAGCUAAUAGCUUAUUAGAGAAUUCCAAAAAAGGUAAAUUACCAAUUGUAAAUGAAAAUGGUGAACUAGUUGCAUUGAUUGCCAGAACAGAUUUAAAAAAAUCUCGCAACUUCCCUAAUGCAUCUAAGGAUGAAAAUAAACAACUUUUGGUUGGAGCAGCUAUUGGAACACGAGAAGAAGACAAAGAACGAUUACACUCGCUACAUAAAGCUGGAGCUGAUGUGAUUGUCUUGGAUUCAUCUCAAGGAAAUUCAAUUUACCAAAUAGAAAUGAUAAAAUACAUUAAAACAAAUUUCCCCACAUUACAAGUUAUCGCAGGAAAUGUUGUUACCAUGUCACAAGCAAAAACACUAAUAGAUGCUGGUGCUGAUGGAUUAAGGGUUGGCAUGGGUUGUGGAUCAAUAUGCACUACACAAGAGGUAAUGGCUGUAGGCAGAGCUCAAGGUACUGCAGUGUACAGAGUUUCACAAUAUGCUUCACAGUUUGGUGUGCCAGUUAUUGGUGAUGGUGGAAUACAAUCAAUUGGUCAUGUAAUUAAAUCUCUGGCUCUAGGAGCAUCAACUGUUAUGAUGGGAUCUAUGUUGGCUGGAACUUCAGAAGCACCUGGUGAAUAUUUCUUUUCCGAUGGUGUAAGGUUGAAAAAAUAUAGAGGAAUGGGUAGUCUAGAGGCUAUGAACCGGAAAGAUGCUAAGGGAUCGGCAUUAAAUAGAUAUUUCCAUAGUGAAAAAGAUUCGUUGAAAGUGGCCCAAGGUGUUAGUGGUGCGAUUGUAGACAAAGGAUCUGUCCUCAGAUUUUUACCAUAUAUUCAAUGUGGUUUACGACAUAGUUGUCAAGACCUAGGAACUAAAUCAAUAAAAAAUCUUAAGAAUAUGAUGUCAACAGGAGAACUCAGAUUCGAAAAACGUACGCAUUCUGCACAACUUGAAGGCAAAGUACAUAGUUUAUUUUCAUAUGAAAAACGAUUGUUUUAAUUAAAUCAAAAUGUUCUGUUACACAUAAAUAUAAUGAUGUGUAUGUAUAUAUAUAUAUGCGUGUAAUACAUCACUAACAAACAAAAAUGUAUUUUAACAUUUGUUGAGCUGAUAUUUCUUGGCUGAUAUUUAGUUUUACAAUGUAUGUUAAGAAAAAAAUUGUAAUUUAUCUUUAAUAAAGUUUUACAUAACUUAUUUGAAUAA